GAGUCAAUCAGUACUUGGUUAAGAGCUUCAGCCGGAAAAAAAACCAAUAUGUAAACUCUCUCCCCGAGGUUUCCAUCACUUUGACAAAAGGGGGAGGCUUUUUUUAAUAUAUAUUUUAAAAUAUAGAUUUAAUUAUUCAUGGGAGUUCAUAUAAAUCGCUGUGCGGUUAUAAUGCCUGUUCUUAGUAAUUUAAUCAACAGACACGCUUGCAUUCAUUGUUCAAACUAAAUUUGAUUACUAAUAACAACUGAGGCCUGUUAAGUGACACCAGCCUCUCCAGGGCUUACAGAUCUCCACCUCCCUUCAUCCAAUAGUCAGGGUUGCAGGAGGGAGAGUGUUGGCACCUGGGGACAAGGAAGGAAACAUUCUUUUGGGAAGAGGGCUGGUGGCCAUUUGCUGUUCUCUAAUUCAGGACCAGAGUGCCAGCAGGGCUAACUCCAGGGUUGAUCCAGGUCAUACCCCUCACUGCAACUACUCUAUUCCGUACUUAAAAAUGGAAAGCGUAAUGCUGGUGGUGAACAAAAGAGGUUUAAAGACUGUCUCAAGGCAAAUCUAAAAAAAUGUAGUAUAAACACCGACAACUGGGAAACACUGGCCUGCAAGCGCUCCAGUUGGAGAACAGCCUUUACCAAAGGUGUCAUGGGCUUUGAAGACACUCGAACUCAGGACGCAAGGGAGAAACGUGCUAAGAGGAAGGCACGCUUGGCAAAUCCACACCAUGAUCAACUCCCGUCUGCAAACCAAUGUCCCCACUGUGGAAGGACAUGUGGGUCCAGAAUUGGCCUCCACAGUCACUUACGGACUCAUUGUUAAAACUGUGUUUAUGGAAGACAAUCUUACUCAGCUAUGAGUGAUUGCCAAAGAAGAAGAAAGACCCCUCACUGCCCCAUCCUCUAAGGCAGGCAUGGCCAAACUUGGCCCUCCAGCUGUUUUGGGACUACAACUCCCUUCAUCCCUAGCUAACAGGACCAGUGGUCAGGGAUGAUGGGAACUGUAGUCCCAAAACAGUUGGAGGGCCAAGUUUGGCCAUGCCUGCUCUAAGGGCUUUUCUUAGCUGCUGCAGCAUAUCCUUGAAUUGUGAUGGAGAGUGGUCUCUGUCUGAUCACAGCACUACCUGAAAAAGAUUCCACACUCCUGCAUUACACCAAUCUUAUACAAACUCCUCAGUUCAAGGUGCUGAUGUUAACCUUUAAAGCCCUAAUCUUCUUAUCUAAAGUACUGACUUCACCCAUAUGGCCCUGCCCAUUUAUUAGGAUGGGCUGCAAAGGUCCUGCUCAAGUGCCCACAAAUACAGACAAUUAAGUUGGCGAGAACAAGGAACAGGGCCUCCCUAGUUGUGGCCCCUUUCUAAGGAACUGCACAGGCUUCCAAGCAUGCCUUGAAGACUCAUUUGUUCCACCCUGCCUCUUUUGUACAGCCACUGAUUUCUGAGACUUGUGUAGCGCCGCGUAAUGGUCAGUGUUGGACGGGGACCUGGCAGAGCAGGGUUCGAAUCUCCAUUCAGCCAUGAAGCUCAUUAGGUGACCUCGGGCCAGUCCGCAUCUCUUAGCCUAACCUACCUCACAGGGUUGUUGUGAGGGUGAAAUGGGAAGGGAGAAAACCAUGGACGCCAGCUUGAGAUCCUUGGAAGAUAAAGGUGGUAUAUUAAUGUAAUAAAUAAAAUUCUACAGCCAAAUGCAUUCCAACGAAUUCUCCUUUAGUUGUUUGCUGCCUUAUGAGGGCUAAGCCCCAACAGCUGGCAUAUAAACGUUAUAAAUAAAUGCAACUGAUAAUUCAUACCAUAUGCUCACUACAUUUUAGAUAUCUUCACUCUCCCCAGAUUGAGUUCGGGGGGGCAUUUCCCACAUGCUAUAUGCAGCCCAAACUGGAUUUGCACAGUGCUGAGUGCCCUGCCCUUGUGUCAGUCAUAAACUCUGCCCCACAGAAAUUGCCAAGCCCCCCAAAACAAGGAACACAGCUGAAGUUUCCAGCUACUGAAAGAAGCACCAUUUGCUUAGCUAACUCUGCUGUUCUGGAAUAAGGAACAACCCUAACUAUUUGUCAUUUGAUACUGCCAUUGGAUUCCAACAAGGAAGUUUAAAAAGGACGCCGGACUCGGCAUUCAUAUCUUAAUUGUUUUUGACAUAAAGAACUACUUUAGCCAAUGAAACUCACUGAAGGCUUAUGUGAAAAGCUGGGAGUCAAGUUAUGCAGCUGGUUCCAAAGCAAGGCUUUGCCGACCAAAUCUAGGGCAUUAAUAGCUAUCCUAUGACAAUACAAAGAGCUUUUUAUGUUGUAUUCCAUGCUAUGCCGUUAUGUUCUAGAACAGAGGCUUUAUUUAAAUUAUGUAUCCCCUGUUGAACAACAGAAUUUAUCUCGAAACACACUGGGAGCUGUCAAUUAACUCCUCUUUUUUCCACACUGAUUAUUUCCUUUUGAUCAUGACUAAUCAGGCUAUCUUCUUACCGCGCUAGUCAAAACAUGUAGCCAUUUAUUAGUUGCAUUGUGCAUUUAAGUUUAAAAUCGAUGGAGCAUACAUUUGUUUUGUGUGUGUUAAGCCUCCAGGUAUAGGCAGUUUGCAGGUUUCUUAACCGAAGCUGAGUAUCUCUGAUUAAUGUUACAGCUCUCCAAAGAGCAAUUCAAUGCUAGCAGUAAAAGACUUCACUUUCAGCUUGGUUUGAUGCUAUUGACCUCAACAACGAAGUACUAAAAUCAGGUAUUUCUACUUUAUAGCCAUCCUGGGCAGGGCUGAGAAGGACUCUCUGUGGCAACAAGAUCCUGCAGCAUCCUUCUAAGUUGCCAUGGUAUAUUAUCGGGAUAGAUUUAAUUUACGUCCCUAAAUCCAAUCUGAUCGGCACACUAUAUAAAAGUUGUUGGUUUUUUGUUUUUUUAAGGCAGCUUUGCCAGAACCUAUUGCAAAAUGCAAAGUUGUCUGUGGAAACGAUUUGCAAAUGCAUUUUGUAGAGUGCCAUAAAUCCAAACGUUUGCAACAUGCCGCUUUUAAAAGGCACAUGGUGGUUUAAUGGCAGACUAAGCUAAGGAAGCGGGAAAUAGAUAAUUCUUUCGAAUUUGUUCAAGGGAGAGAGGGCCAUAUCAUGCAGACUGUAUGGGGGAAAUAUUCUUGUAGCAGAGACUUCUUAAACAAACAGUGGGAGUUAGGAAAACAUACAAUGGAAGGUUGAUAUAGAUAGAUAGAUAGAUAGAUAGAUAGAUAGAUAGAUAGAUAGACAGACACCGGUAGAUAGAUAGAUAUAAUAUCAUCCAUGAGGAGUUUUCCUUGUAACACAAAAGGAACACACUGCCAGAAGGGAGGCCUCCUUCAGGCUGCCUGGGGAAGAAUAUGUCAAAUUAUUGACCCCUCCGCUGUAAUUCUAGUUUAUAAGGCUAUUUCAUUCUACACAUUAGAGAUUUUGCAGUUGAUCCAUCUAUUUGGACUGAAUAAAUUUCUCUCCAAUAACAAGCUCAGGUGCUUGAGUGUCAAUCAGUUUGGAAGAGAAAUGGGACCAUGCAAAAAUAAGAGUGCUAUUUAAAUACUUGGGAAUGCCCUAGGUACAUAGAGGUAUACAACUUAGUGAUUUUUUAAAAAGGACAUUAACAACAACAACAACAACAACAACAACAACAACAACGGCCUGUGAGGUUACAGAAUGUUGAUUAUAGCUGAGCAGGGGUGGAGGAGUCAAAAGAAGGCAUUUACUGUAUCUUCCCUAUUCGUUCUUUUCUAACAGGGGCAGAGAAAAGUGCAGGUACCUGAACAAAUAAAAUAGUGCCUUCUGCCUUUAACAGCUCUGUGGCUGGCACACAUUAAACAGGGCAAGCCUUUUCUAGCAUGGAAAUAUGAUCAUGGCGAAAACUUCAGCUGCUGAAGAAGAAGAAGAAGAGGAGGAGGAGGAGGAGGAGGAGGAGGAGGAGGAGGAGGAGUUUGGAUUCGAUAUCCCGCAUUAUCACUACCAGAAGGAGUCUCAAAGCAGCUAACAUUCUCCUUUUCCCUCCUCCCCCAAAACAAACACUGCGAGGUGAGUGGGGCUGAGAGAAUUCAGAGAAGUGUGACUGGCCCAAAGUCACCCAGCAGCUGCAUGUGGAGGAGCGGCGACGCGAACCCGGUUCACCAGAUUACGAGUCUACCGCUCUUAACCACUACACCACACCUGACAUUCACAGAACUGUAGAGCUGGCAGGGAUCCCGAGGGUCAUCUAGUCCAACCCCCUGCAAUGCGAGAAUCUCCACUAACGCAUGUGUGACAGAUGGCCAUCCAACCUCUGCUUAAAAACCUCCAAGGAAGGAGAGCCCACCACCUCCAGAGGGAGUCCGUUGAGCCACUAUACUUUUGUCGAUGCAGCCUAGAAUAGCAUUAGCUUUUUUUGCUGCCACAUCACACUGUUGACUCAUGGUAAGCUUGUGGUCCACCAAGACCCCUGGAUCCUUUUCACAUGUACUGUUAGUAAGCCAGGUAUCCCCCAUCUUAUAUUUGUGCUUCUGGUUCUUCCUGUCUACGUGCAGAAGCUUACAUUUUUUUCCAUAUUGAAAUUCAUUUUUGUUAGUUUUGGCCCAGUCCCCCAAACUGUUAAGGUCGUCUUGAAUCCCGAUUCUAUCUUUUGUGGCACUGGCUACGUCUCCCAGUGUGGUAUCAUCUGCAAAUUUGAUGAGCACCCCCUCAGAUAUCUCACUGAUUGUGUGUGACCCCUUUUGGACACUAUACUUCACCACAGGAGCUUGUAAUACAGUCGUACCUCGCAAGACGAAUGCCUCGCAAGACAAAAAACUCGCUAGACGAAAGGGUUUUUUGUUUUUUGAGCUGCUUCGCAAGACGAUUUUCCCUAUGGGCUUGCUUCGCAAGACGGAAACGUCUUGCAAGCUUGUUUCCUUUUUCUUAACACCGUUAAUACAAUUGCGACUUGACUUCGAGGAGCAACUCAUAGAAUGAGGUGUGGUGGCCUUUUUUGAGGUUUUUAAAGACUUUGGUGAUUUUUGAAGCUUUUCCAAAACUUUCCCGACACCGUGCUUCGCAAGACGAAAAAAAUCGCAAGACGACAAAACUCGCGGAACGAAUUAAUUUCGUCUUGCGAGGCACCACUGUAUUCCUGAAUGCUGAGUUUUGCUUUUUGGUGGAGAAUAUGAACAUGUUUUGUAAAAGGAUGAACUCAAACAGAAACUGGUUCCUUUUUGGACAGGAUGAACUGGAACUAGAACUUGUUCCUUUAAACGGUCACCUCCAGGCUUGACUACUGUAAUUCGCUCUAUGCGGGGCUGCCCUUGAAGCUGUCCCAGAAACUCCAGCGGGUGCAGAACGCUGCAGCGAGGCUCCUCACGGGGUCUCUGCCAUGGGAGCAUAUUCACCCAGUGCUUUUCCAGCUGCACUGGCUCCCGGUGGAGUAGAGGGUCAGAUUUAAGGUGCUGCUUUUGACCUUUAAAGCCCUUCACGGCCUAGGACCCUCGUACCUACGGGACCGCCUCUCCCGGUAUGCCCCACGGAGAGCCUCAAGGUCCAUAAAUAGCAACACCCUAGUGGUCUCGGGCCCUAAGGAAGUUAGAUUAGCUUCAACCAGAGCCAGGGCCUUUUCAACUCUGGCUCCGGCUUGGUGGAACGCUCUGUCUCAUGAGACCAGCGCCCUGCGGGAUCUGAUUUCUUUCCGCAGGGCCUGUAAGACAGAGUUGUUCCGCCUGGCCUUUGGCUUGGAGCCAAUUUGAUUCCCUCCCCCUCUUUCUUUUUUCUUUUCCUUUCUCCUUCUGCGAUGAGGUUUCAGUAUUUUAAUGUUGUAUUUUAAUUUUUGUUUUUAAGUUGUAUUCCUUCAAUUUGUUUUUAUUAUUGGUUGUUAACCGCCCUGAGCCUGGCCUUGGCUGGGGAGGGCGGGGUAUAAAUAAAAAUUAUUAUUAUUAUUAUUAUUAUUAUUAUUAUUAUUAUUAUAAACUUUCCAAGCAUCUGAUGGCAUAUAUGAUGUCUGGUGUAGAACAGGUGGGUGUGGCUUGGCCAAAAUGGCCUGGGGGGCCUAAUUCCCUUAUAACACACCCAAGUUGGCCAACAGCCCACUGAGUAAUAAAUCCUUGCUUUCGUCUUUCCCUUCCAAGGCAGAACAAAAUUCUAGUUGCAGUUAAUGGAUAAAAAUAAACGUUUCAUCAUGAGCAACCACUGUUCUACUGAUUAUUUUUCAAAACACAAACCCACAUUAGUACAAGCAAAGCCAGAAAAUAUUCAUAUCCGCCAACAUUUAGUAGCUACAGUACUUACUUUCUCAUUACGUCUACAGAAUGCUGAUGCAUUCUGGAUUUGUAUCUGACACUUGACCUAUUUGGGCUGGCAGGAUAAUAUCUAAUUUAAACAUAAAAAGAGUUGGGGGUCUGGUUAGGUUUGAAUUCCUGCAAAAAAAUGUUAUUAAUUGAACAGAAUACACACCCUAGCCACACAUCCAUUACUGAAAGGCCACCUGCAGACUGUCAGUAUUUUGCAGGAGAGGUUCAAGGGCAUACCAGAAAUUUAGGUCUGUGCAGUGGAUUGAAGCAUUUUGCUGCCCUAGAGCAAAAAAAUCCAUUUGUUUAAAAAGCAAUAGAUUUUUUAGUGCUAGAAAAGUGACAGGGAAAUGUUCUAAAAAGUGUGGUAUAAGCAAAUGAUUAACAGGAAAAUGUACACAAGUAAACAGGACCAAUGUUCAUUGACAUAACAUAACUUCCCUGCUGAAUUGGAAUAAAUGCUCAAUAAACACUGGACAUAGUCUAACCUCUGUGUAAGCUUUGUGCAAGCAAUUUAGCCUCAAUCAGGCCAUCAGGAGGAGACCAAAGUUGCAGUGUCAGCUUACAUAAUAACACCCAACAUUCAUACAGCACAUUUCAAGUGUUCAGGAGACUUCUCACAAGCCAACUCUGUAAGUUGAACCAACAACAAUAUAAACCCCAUGUCACAGAAAAGAGAAUGAGGUCAAAAAAGGAGUGGCACCAGCUUCACAAAGGCCACCUCAUUCAAGAUGAGGUGAUGAGUGAACUGAGAACUUCCCGCACACUUUUAACCCUCUUCCAGAGUUUAGUAAAAACCAGCUCCAUGAUUUGGUAAGAGCAUCUUAUUUACUAAUUCAGCAAAGCAACGAAGCAUGAUGACAGAGUUAGGGAACAAACCUCUGCAAAUAUCGCAGAGAGUGAAGAAGAUACACCAAAUAAAUUCAGUUUGUAUUCAGGGGCACGACUGAACUAGGAGCAUGCAGAUGGGCAAUGCACAUAUACAUUUAUUCCAAAACCUCUGCUCAAAAUACAAAGGAAUCAGCCACCCAGUCAACCAACGGACCCUUUUCCUUAUUUUGUUGGGAUAGCUGCCAUAGGCACUGUUUUUUAAGAAGAUGAAUGAGAGGGGCAAUGAUUUAGCUAAAAAUUGCGGGUAUCGUAAAUGAGGUUUGUGGGUUUUGUUAAGGUUCUCUAAUGCCACCCGCCUGAUAUAGCCUAGUUUAAGUUACCAGCGUCUGUUGUGAUUAUUACAGAUGCUGCUAGGAAUGGAUUAGGCACCCGAAAGUGAAGCAUGUGGAGCCUUUUAUUUAGAACACAUAUAAUUGGCUUGUUUGUAUUCUAAGAAGAGCUUCUUUCCAGUCCACAGAUAGACCCAGGACUUCAUCCCCAGCCCCUUCCCCCCAUCUUCUGAGUUUCAACUCAGCCUUCUCGUUUCCUGUUUCAGGAUGCACACACCACUUCCUGUGAGGCUUUUCCCUCUGCCAGACUGACCUUUAAUUUCUCUCACAGAAGCCGUACUAUCUGUAUGCGUUAUAUAACUAACACUUCUCCUCAUCAGUUAGAAUUUUUGUGAACGUUGCACAAUGGCACAGUGGAUCAGCCAACAGUUACAGGAGCAGAGCAUGCAGUCAGGCAGCAAACAAAUGUCAGCUAGGAUGCCAUAGUAUUUAGAUGGUCGAGGUGCUAUUUCAAAAAUUGGGAUUAAGACCAAUUUGGGAAACAAUUUCCCGUCCCCCAAAAAUAUGUCCGUCCCCCCACAAAUAUGCACAUGGGGACAGGGAUUUGCAAGGAGAUUGCUUUAAAAAUACUUUCCCAAAGCAAACAUUAUACAGCCAUACCUCGGAAGUCGAACGGAAUCUGUUCCGGACAUCCGUUCGAUGUCUGAAACGUUUGGAAACCAAAGUGUGGCUUUUGAUUGGCUGUAGGGAGCUCCUGCAGCCAAUUGAAAGCCGCGGAAGCCCCAUCGGACGUUCGGGUUCCAAAGAACGUUCGCAAACCAGAACGUUUGCGGUGUUUGGGAGCCAAAACGUCCGAGUAUCAAGGCGUUUGGGAACCAAGGUACGACUUUACUGGGGAGCAAUGUUCCCAUUCCAGAAGAUGCACACACAUGCAUGGGCACAAGCAAUUUUUAAACCACGCCUUGUGCCUGUUGGGCAAGAAACGUGAAAGAGACACCGACAGGAAUUGUACUUCCUACAGGCUGGGUUCAGGCCAGGUGAGAUUGACAAAAGCCGCUGUCCAAUGCACAAAAUCCCCUUGAGGCUGUGUACAUAACAAGCCUGGAAGUGACCCAGGUGGAAGGCUCUCACUGAAUCCAGCUGCUGACACACUCCUUGCGGUGUACAUAAACAACCUCCGGGGUUUUGCUGAACUUCACCGGUGCAUGCGCCCUCCCAGCUAUAUCCUGGUCUCAGCUACGGGAAGCUCCAGCCAACAGAGAAAGGUCCAGUUCUGGACCAGAAACAUGCCCAGGAUUGGGAACCUGGGUUUGCUUUCACUUCAGAACAGAAGUGACCAGUAUGAGCAUGCCUUUUUAAAAAGCGUGAAUAAUGCCAUGUGUAGUUUGGCCCUUGGUACAGUGGUACCUCAGGUUACAUACACUUCAGUUUACAGGCGCUUCAGGUUGCAGACUCCGCUAACCCAGAAAUAGUGCUUCAGGUUAAUAAUAAUAAUAAUAAUAAUAAUAAUAAUAAUAUAAAUUUUAUUUAUAUCCCGCCCUCCCCAGCCGAAGCCGGGCUCAGGGCGGCUAACAACAAUCAAAUAAUCAAACAAUCAAAUAAUCCAACAUUCUAAAAAUAUUUCAUUAUAAAAAUUAAUUAAAAUCAAGUUGAUGGCAACCGUUAAGCAAAAUUCUGUGCAGGUUGCCAGAGGAGGGAGUCAGGCUGCGCCCUGACCAAAGGGCUGGUGGAACAACUCUGUCUUGCAGGCCCUGCGGAAAGAUGUCAGGUCCCGCAGGGCCCUAGUCUCUUGUGACAGAGCGUUCCACCAGAUUGGAGCCGCAGCUGAGAAGGCCCUGGCUCUAGCUGAGGCCAGCCUAACCUCUCUGAGGCCUGGGACCUUCUGGAUGUUUUUAUUUGCAGACCGUAGGUUUCUCUGUGGGGCAUACCAGGAGAGGCGGUCCCGUAGGUACGAGGGUCCUAGGCCGUAUAGGGCUUUAAAGGUUAAAACCAGCACCUUAAACCUGAUCCUGUACUCCACCGGGAGCCAGUGCAGCUG